UCCUACUAACUAUUGUGUUUUGAAUUGUGAAGUGUGUUAUUUGAGCUACGCAAAGCUAAAAAGUCGUUUUGAUUUUAUUCAGUGUGGAUCGUCGAUAACAUUGUCAUGUGAGUGUGAUGUAAUCUUGGAAAUUACCAUAUACUACAGCAAACAGCGAGCAGUCACCCAAGCGCACAGAAACUUGCGGAAAAUGGCGGAGGGGCCGCCGGUUAAGGUGGAUAUGGAGGGUCGCCAGUCAGUAUCGCUUUUCCAGAUCUUGGAAUCCUUCAGCGCUCCGCUAAACGAAGAGCAGACAUGGGCUGUGUGUCACCAGUCGUCACUUUAUUUGCAAAAAGCUUUCAAAACUAAGAAAAUUCACGGUGGUAUAGGCUCCGGCUUGGAUUCUCUGUUGCUCCACAAAGACGGACUGUGUUCGGUGGAGCUGUCACAAUCUUCGGAAGUCGCCGGCAACAACAAAAAUGGACAAACUGAAAGAUGCGCCAUUUACGAACUUGGAUUGGUGAUAUAUUCUGCAUUAGACUACGGUAUUGUAGGAGAUGAUGAAAGAACUUUGAGCUCUGACUUACAAACACUCUUGGAGCGCAUGACAGAAGGCAACAGUCACGAUGAUCAAGAAAGCGUUGACCUCUCUGUGGACGAAGGAAUCGCUGAUGAGCAAGACUUCAACGAAAGUGAGGAACUUGAAGAUGUGAUUUUUGAGAAUAAUAAUAUUAAAAAUGAUGGUAUACAGAAUGGCCAGUUAUCUGAUGAUGGUUUAUUGGUUACAAAUGGUGCUGAUCAUUCUGAACUUCCUACUACCGGUAAAGAACAAAAUUGCAUCAAAGACGAUGGAAUCAGUUCUCUUACAUCAUUUACCCAUGUUCUACAGGUCUGUGCAUCCCACCUACCACAUCCCACUCAAGCAAUUAGUCAUUAUCAAGCGGUUGUGAGGGCGUUAGUUGCAGAGGUGCAGGAGCUGACGACGUUCUUAGAAAAGAUCUCGAGUGGAAAGAAGAAUUUACAGAAAAUUACACACAAAGUACAUGAGAAGAAUGAUGUUUCAACAACAACAACAACAGAAUUAAUGGAACUUGGAAUUCAUGAUUGGGCUCGAUUGUGGAUGCAAGUGAUAAAACAACUAAGAACUGGUGUUCAGUUAAAAAAGUCUGGUGAAAGACGACGUGCACCGAUAGAAUACGAGCUUACACCAUAUGAAAUGAUACUGGAUGAUAUUAGAUCACGAAAGUUCAUACUUAAACAAGUUAUGAUCGAUGGAGAAAUACCACCUCAAGUGAAAAAAGAUGCACAUGAUGUUAUUUUAGAUUUUAUCAGAUCGAGACCACCGUUAAAACCAGUGAAUGAUCGAAUCUUGCCACCAGUAUCACCACGGAGACCCUCCACAUUUGAGCGAAUGCUAGAUGAAAUCAAAUCAGUGCCUCGAUUAAAACCAACUCCAAGACGUCAAGAGUAUAAGUUCAUUCCAAUUGACUUCGGUGACAACUCUCUUACUCCUGAACCUGAAAACCAACCGAUAAAAACGAAAAUUUCAUUUGCUGAUCUGGUAAUAGAUUGGGAUAACAUUUCUGAUGACAGUGAAGAUGAUGGAGUGGGAUACAACAGGCUAUACAACGAAGAAGAUGAAUCUGAUGAAUAUGUCAACAUUUCUAUGUCUGAAUCACCAUCUCAAAAACUUACUUAUAAAAUGCCUUUCACAAGCUCACCUAACCAAGCACCCGUAGUUGGAAGUCCUCGGCGACACAGCAUAACAAUCUGUGAGACACCAAAACAUUCCAUGCAUGAUUGGAAUGACCCGAUUGAGUACCUGUCACUCACAGUGGAUGAAGUGAAGCAUAUACGAAGUGUACAUUGUAAAGCAGAAUUGGAAGACUUGCAGUGUUAUAAAAAAGUUUAUUUAGAUGUGCUCAAUGAAAAGGUGUGUUUUAACUGUAAAAUAAGAUUUGCUCUAUUUAAUAGAAAAUACAAGUGUAAACUCUGUAAAAAGAUUAUUUGUUCUCGCUGUUGUCGAAGAAUGAAAAUUCCUUCAGAACAUUUUCUUCAUAUACCGAUACAUGCAUUAUCACCUUGUGCUUCUCCCACCAAGUGUCUUCCUAAAACUUCUUUACAAUUGGAUUUUGAUGAAGAAGACCCUAGAAGUGAAUCAGCCCCAGCAACACCUGCCUGCUCACCAACCAUGGGUCGAAGGUCAAUUUGGGGUCGAAGUGCAAGUAGCAACAUGAAAGACAUCUGUACUGAAUGUAAGGCGUUUAUGAUUCAAGUGUUUCAGACGAAUAGACAUACAACUAUCAGAAGAUAAAAUAUGCCAAACAUUUUAUUGGUUGAUUACUGCAGUUGCUUUUUAUUGAGAUAUUCACAUUUCUAUUAGCUGCUCCAUAAUUGGGGGGGUGACCAUUUGAAAUUAUAGAGGGUGGCGGUGAGAAAAAGAUGUUGUAGGGAUAAAAUAUUGACACAUUAAAGAAAAAGAAAAUGUACGGGUAAG